AUGGUUUUCAACCCAUUUAAGAGACACGAUCACGACUUCCCCGGGGUGGUCGUACCCCUCGGCAGUGCCCCUGCGCAUUCUCACCCGAACUUGGCGAUAGAUGAAAAGAAACUUGGCCCUGACGAGAAGACUGACGACAGAAGCGAUAGAGCGCCCUCUGAAGAAAAUGGUGUUGCCACCUCGCUCCCGGACAAUGCCCACCUUACCCUUGAAACCUUGCGCGCCGAAGUUGAAACAGAUGUUGCCUCCUCAGGCCAUGACUCUGCAUAUGAUCGCAAAGCAAAAGUUAUCAACCGAGCCGUCCAGGAUAUCGGCAUGGGCCGUUAUCAGUGGGAGCUGUUCGCCCUCUGUGGGUUUGGUUGGUUAGCAGACAAUCUCUGGUUGCAGGGCGUUGCCCUCACCCUGACUCAACUCUCCCUAGAGUUUGGUGUCUCUGAAAGUCGCGUCCGUUUCACCACCUGUGCGUUGUUCCUGGGUCUUUGCCUGGGUGCCUCGUUCUGGGGUGUUGCAUCUGAUGUUAUUGGACGUCGUCCUGCUUUCAACCUGACUCUCCUUAUCACCGGUGUGUUCGGUCUGGCCGCUGGUGGUGGACCCAACUGGGUCGGAACCUGUGCCCUAUUCGCCUGCUUGGGCCUUGGUGUCGGUGGGAAUCUUCCGGUUGAUGGUGCACUAUUUUUGGAGUUCCUGCCAUUUGCUUCAGGAAACCUCUUAACCAUGCUGAGUGUCUGGUGGCCCGUUGGUAACCUUAUUGCCAGUUUGCUCGCAUGGGCAUUUGUUCCGACUUACUCUUGUGAUAGUGACCUUCCCUCCUGCCACAAGGUUGCCGAUGGGGUACGUUGCUGUAGAAAGGAGGACAACAUGGGCUGGAGAUACCUGGUUCUUACCUUGGGUGCUCUGACUUUUGUCAUGUUCCUCUGUCGCUUCUUCCUCUUCCACCUCUAUGAGUCCCCCAAGUACUUGCUCUCCCGUGGUCGCCAGGCCGAUGCUGUCGCCGCGGUUCACGGAAUUGCCUACAAGAACAAGAAGAAAACUUGGCUCACUGAGGAUAUCCUGAAUGAGAUCGGCGGCUACCCGGAAGAAGAAAUCAAGCAGACGCUUACUUCCAAGGAGAUCGUCUGGAGAUACCUGUCCAAGUUCUCUAUGCAGCGCAUCAGACCUCUGUUUGCCACCAAGCGGCUCGGUAUCAACACCGUCCUCCUGUGGUUCUGCUGGGCCACUAUUGGAAUGGGUUACCCCCUCUUCAACGCCUUCCUGCCCCAGUACAUCAAGGCUGCCGGCGGUGCCACCGAACAAUCCACCUACAUUGUCUACCGCAAUUACGCCAUCACCUCCAUCGUCGGUGUUCCGGGCUCCAUUCUAGCUUGUUUCACCGUCGACAUCAAGUAUGUGGGCCGUAAGGGCACCAUGAUCAUCUCCACCCUGAUCACCGGCGUUCUCCUCUUCUGCUUCACCGCCACCACCGACCCCAACAUCCAGCUCCUGUGCUCCUCCCUCGAAGCCUUCUUCCAGAACAUCAUGUACGGCGUCCUCUACGCCUACACGCCCGAGGUCUUCCCCGCCCCCAACCGCGGCACGGGAACCGGUAUCGCCAGUUGCCUGAACCGUAUCGCAGGUCUGUGCGCCCCCCUCGUCGCCAUCUACGGCGGUUCCUCCAGCCCCAACGCCCCAAUCUACGCCUCCGGCGCUUUGAUGCUGGCCUCCUUCGUAGCUAUGUGCCUCUUCCCCAUUGAAACAAGAGGGAAACAGACCCUCUAA